GAGAACUCUGUUGGUCUGAUUCUGUCCCGCCGACUGUCACUGCCGUCCUGACAAGAAAUGCAUUACCAGCGCAUGGAGGGAGUGUUGUCGGUUUCUGUGUUGGAAUAUUGGAUAGAAAUAAUGCUGCGCUGAGUCAACAAGAAAUAGGUCAGGGAUGGUGGAAGAGGAAGGUCAUGUGGUGAAGGAGAAAACAGAGGCACAGACAUCGGAAUGCCACAAGCUGUCUCACUGCUGCCCUUCCUGCUGGCGCUCAUGGGAUAUGCUUUUGCAGGGCUCAAUAUCUGGCCCUCCUUGCACGUUGCCCUUAGCAAUGCCAGUGUAUUUGUGGACUUCAGCACAAAAUCCAACAGCAGCACGGCCUGCAACACGAGCCUCUCUCUGGUCAACACGGAAACCAACACCACCGUUCACACCAGGACUCUCCCCGACAACCAAUCGGCUGGCAGGGUUGAGUUCAACUGUUCUUGCUUCCUGUACGCAGGAACUUUCCGGUUCCAGUUGAGGCAGACCAGCACCUCGGCUGUUUCUCCUGCUUAUGGCACACAUGACAGUCGAGUGGAAAGUACUACCUGGUGGUGGAGUUCAGAACUGCAGGUGCAGUGGCCCACCUUUCACAUCGCUGUGGACAGGGCCGGAAACCACUCGGGAUCUUUUCAGGUUGGGAUAUCCACCAAUGAACACUUUCAGGCUUGCUCCAGCGGUGUUGACUCGGCUCUCCUCCUAGAAGUCAGCUACAUGGAGUACAACCAGAUAGGACGGAUCACCAUCGACAAGGUCAAAGCCCGGAAACAACACUCAAUCAAACCCCUCCGCUCCCAGAGUGUAGAGCUGUCCUGCGCCUUCCCCUUCACAGAACGAGACUUCAUACGAGUGUCUCUACGCUCUCCUCAUGCAGUGCAGGAUGUGAAGAGCUCCGGGCCUCUCUACCUGUCCCGUAUCUUCUCCUACAAGCUGCUAGUGGAAAACACCAAUGCCUACAGGAGUGGUUGUGAAGGAACUAUGACUGUUAAACUGAUAACUCCACCUUGUGUGCACGUCAAUGGGAAAGUGAUGCUUUAUAAGGAGGCAGGUGUUGGGAGAGGCGUUGCUGUCUCCUCUGGGAUGGACGCAGGAGGAACAGCACCAGGACCAGAGGAGCCCUCCUCACCUCUGUUGGCCUAUAACUGGCUGACUCAGGGAGAGAAUGAGACUGAGUUCAACUGUUCUGUGUUUGACCCAGGAAGGUACAAGUACUGCUUUCGCUUCGUUUUCAACUUCAGUCGUUCCCCUAGUCCUGCACAGACCUGUUUGGUGGUUCACAAGAGCGCAGAGUCAUGGGGCCCGUGGCUGCCAUGGAGUGUGUGCAGUGUGAGCUGUGGAGAGGGGGUGAGGGAGCGAGAGCGCGAGUGUUUGCUGCCCUCAGGUGUGGGGGGGAUGCAGUGCACGGGCAUGGUGAAGGAACAGUCCCUCUGCUCACUGGAGAACUGUGUGGUGUUGCCUACUCCUUCUCCAUCCCUCCCCCCUGUGGGUGUUGGUGCAGCACCCCUUGGUGGUAACAUAGUUGUGGUGGCCGGUAUCUCCCUUUGCCUGGCUGUGAUUCUGGCUACUGUUGUGGUGACUUUGUGGAGGAAGCUUUGCAAGACCCCCCAGUGCAACUCUGUCCGCAGAGGCUCCAUGCAUUCCCCUGGAGGACGCAAGCUCUCCGAUGAGGCGUCCAUUUUUGGCCACAGCCUCCAAAGACCCAGCCUGAUUGAUGGCCAUGGACUACAGGGGGGUAUAGGUGUGGGUGUAGCCCAGAAAGACAGGCCUUCUUUGGGUAGUCAGCCUCUCCCACAGACCCUGGUUGUACCUCUCUCACAGGACCCAGAAAGGCUUUCCCCCACAUGUCAGAAGCUGUUGCCACCAAUAUUCGGGUACCGAUUGGCUCAGCAGCAGUUGAAAGAGAUGAAGAAGAAGGGUAUAAGAGAGGCCAUUCAGCUCUACCAUGUCUCUUCAAGCCCAGUCCAUGACACCCUGGUAGAGGCAUCUGCUUCGCCCACAAGCUCGCUUAUCCCUACACCAACUGGAUUUACUCACCCCGCGAUCCCGUUAGACCUCCAGGAUGACGCAAAUCACAAUUAUUUUCAAUCGCAGACUCCUAGGGCCACGCCGGACCGACCGAGUCCCAGAGUGGAGCUGGUCUUAGGUCCUUCAGGCUCCGCCCAUGCAAGAGGGGGCAGCUCAAAUAGGCGGGACCGCACUGCAGACUGGGUGGAGAUGGUAGAGAGGAGUGGGUUAUCAGGUCUCAGAGGAGAUGCAGAGAUGGGAAACUCCUAUCAUAAUAAUCCAAAUUUCCGCCGGACCUCCAGUUUCAAUGACACCAAACCCCAACCUCUAUCCUCUGCACACUCCAGGCAGUUUAGAGAAAGGAGCAUGACACAGGUGGGAUCUCGGACCCUUCCUGAAGGUAGUUGUUGGAAUAAAGGAGGACGAGACAGGCAGCCAUACAGCUCCUACCCCAUUCCAGAGCACGGGACCCCAGACUGGGCUAAAUCCAGACCCCAGAGGAAUGACCAAAGGAAACCGUGGAUAGACACAGCUGCGACUUCACACAACAAUGAAAUCAAACACACAGGAACCAACACAAACAGCAUUUCAGCCUCUGAGAAACAUGUUAAAGCAGACCUCAGUGAUACUGGAGGUGGACAGGGAAUCUCUGGGAUAGGGGGUCCGGCAGCUGGGCCUCAACACCUGAGUGUUGAUCGGGCAGAGCGGGCCGAGCAGAACUGGAACCGCCGCGGCCCGUCGCCUAUCCAGAGGAACAUCCUGGCUCGCAAAUUAAAGGAGGCUCAGUCGUGCUCGGGGGUCAGGGGCCGGCAGCGCAGCUCCACCUUUAGUGCAACGCCCACGGAGCAGAGGACAGGUCGCUGCAACUCUCUGCCCAUGUCCGGAGGCUACAGGCUGAGUGAGGCCGAGCAGAGGAUGCUGGACCUCGAUCUGUCCUCAGCAUAUGUAGGGGAAGAGGAGUAGAGCUUUGUACUACACAGGAGGAAUUGCCAUUAACGUUUAUCCUUUCCUUACAUUAUUCCUUUCUGAUGUAUCUGUGAAACUUGAAAAUGGUUUUGUACAGUACAUCAAACAAGAGUUUAUCUAUAAGAACAGAUGUUAACACAUUUAGUUUCCUUUUUUAACUGGAACAUUUUCUUUUUUUUAACUGUUACUUUUUAAUAUGCCAAAGUUGAUAUGCGUUCGAAAACAUUUGUACUUCUUAAGAAAAAAUUAUCUUUGUUCAAAUGUAAUGGUUUACUGUUUACCACUAUAAGUCAAACAUACCAUGGCAUUGUACUGGUGUAUGUACUGUUAAACACAAGCCCUAUCAAUGACAGUAUUCAAAAGACUAAAGAAGAGAUAUUAGUUUUUUUGUUCGACACUACUGAAUUUGCUGAUUUUAAGCUGUGAAGUUUUGCUGUACAGUAAGCAAAGAAAAACUUUGGUGAAAACCACUUUCACUUUCACUUUUGGGAAAAUU